UGGAGUUUUUUAUUUUCGAAUAGUACGAUUUAAUGGCAAACUGGAGGAACUUUUGAUUUUUAAUAAAUAUCGCAUAGUGAAGUAAACAAAGUUUUAUCGUCAAGUAAUGUGAUAACCUGGUCGCUGUAACACUUACUCGUGUCUUAUCACGUGUGCGGCAAAGUGCAGUAAAUUGCUUGAUCGCAAGAAACCGCGAGUGACAUCACAUGCCGAACAUUCUUUUGAGAAUAUUCUUUCCGUAGACAGUUGUGUCACGUUAUACCUCUGCGAAAAUGUUACGCAGAAUGAACAAUUUGCUGCAGAUUACUGCAUAUGGACACAAAAUGGCCAGUAGACACUUAAAUUUUGUGCCCAUCGUAGUGGAGCAGAGUGGACGCGGUGAACGCGCGUACGACAUCUACUCGCGCCUCCUGAAGGAGCGGAUCAUCUGUCUUAUGGGUCCGAUCACGGACGACGUGUCGUCCGCGGUGAUCGCUCAGCUCCUCUUCCUUCAGUCGGAGAGCAGCAAGAACCCGAUCCACCUGUACAUCAACUCGCCCGGCGGCAGCGUGACGGCGGGACUCGGAAUUUACGACACCAUGCAAUACGUUUUACCACCGGUCUCCACGUGGUGCGUAGGUCAAGCUUGUUCCAUGGCUAGUCUGCUCCUGGCAGCGGGGACCAAGGGCAUGCGCCAUUCCUUGCCGAACGCCAGAAUCAUGACGCAUCAGCCGUCGGGCGGCGUGCAGGGACAGGCGACGGAUAUCCAGAUCCAGGCCAUGGAGAUCCUCAAGCUGAAGAAGCAGAUCAAUGAGCUGUACGUGAAGCACACCGGACAGGAUUUAGAAAAGAUAGAAAAGGGCAUGGAGAGGGACAACUUCAUGAGUCCGACGCAGGCCAAGGAGUUUGGACUGAUAGACAAAAUUUUAGCACAUCCUAUGCAAGAGGAGGCUGCGGAAACGGCGAUCGAGGAAACCGACAGCGCAGCAGCCAAGCCUUGAUAUCGCUCAGCGCCGGACGGUUGUACAGGGAAAUUUCAUUGUUACGUCGCGACAGUUGCAUUAAAAAAAAUAUGUGUAUUUAUCAAUAUUUAAUAAUAAUAAAAUAUUUAUAAAAC